UCACGCUUCUGUCAUCUCCCCUCAGUCUGCACAGUUAGCAUUAGCAAGGUGCAGUUUUCUGCAAUGUCUUCUGUUGAAGAAAUGCCCAACUCCGUGGCGGAGAGUUUGGAGGAGGACGAAGUGGAAGAGGAGAACACUGUGGACGAGGCAGAGAUGGAGUACGAGGAGCCUGUUAAAGGAGGUUAUAUCUUCUACAGGGACAGAAAGGAGUGGGCCGAUCUGGAACCGGUUCCUCAGGAUGAUGGGCCAAACCCUGUGGUGAAGAUUGCUUAUUCAGAGAAAUUCACAGACGUGUUCGACAUGUUCAGAGCGCUCCUGAAGAACGACGAGAAAAGUGACCGAGCGUUUGCACUGACGGCUGAAGCCAUCGAGCUCAACGCCGCCAAUUACACAGUGUGGCACUACAGAAGAGUUUUACUGCAGGCUCUAGAUAAAGACCUGAGAGAAGAGAUGAGGUAUAUCACGGCCAUCAUAGAAGAUCAGCCCAAGAACUACCAGGUUUGGCAUCACAGGCGGAUGGUGGUGGAGUGGCUGAACGACACAUCGGAUGAGCUGCAGUUUGUAGCAGAAAUUCUCAGUCAAGAUGCGAAGAAUUACCACGCGUGGCAACACAGACAGUGGGUCAUCCAGGAGUAUAAGCUGUGGGAUGGAGAGCUGGAGUAUGUGGAGGAACUGUUAGAGGAGGACGUGAGGAAUAACUCGGCCUGGAAUCAGAGACACUUCGUCAUCAGUCACACCAGCGGAUACUCCGACCCUGCCAUCCUCGACAGAGAAGUGCAGUACACACUGAAACAAAUAAAGAAAGCUCCUCACAACGAGAGCGCUUGGAACUAUUUAAAAGGGAUCCUACAGGAUGGUGGUUUGUCCUCGUAUCCUGGACUUCUGGAGCAAGUGACCGAGCUUCAGGACUCGUGCAGUUCUCCAUAUCUCUCCGCCUUCCUGGUGGACCUCUACGAAGACACUCUGGAGACCAACAGCUCCAGCCACGACCAGCGAGAGACGCUCAACAAGGCCUUGGAGCUUUGUAAGUUCCUGGCCGAGGAGAAGGACACCAUUCGAAGGGAAUACUGGGAUUACGUGUCCCGAUCUCUCCAGAACACGUAUGGCUCGGGUGACUCCGCCCCCUCCUCUUUAGCCCCGCCUCCUCCCUCGUCCCAGCAUCUCGACGGUGAGCCCAUCGACCCCUGAGGAGAAACACACACCCGGACACAUGCUGAGAGGAGGAGGAAGAAACCCUGAGACAUGAUAGACUCUUUAUCUGUGUAUGAGUGUGUGUGUGUGUGUGUGUGUGUGUGUGUGUGUGUGUGCACAGCCAGGCUUUAACAGCAGUGCUUGCAAGUCAGAACGGCGUUAAACUCUAAGUAGCCAUAAGCUUAAACGCUCUCAGAGUGAGCUGUACACUCACCUUGCAGUGAAUGAAGUGAACACUGGGAGUUUGACAGCGAUUCAUACUCAUGUUUUAGACUAGCAUUUAUCUUUUCAGAGGUCUAUCAAAGCAAAUACCUUACUGACAUGCUUCAGGUGUGGUCAGAGCUUCUCUUGCCAAAGCAUCUUCUGGUCUGUGUUACCAAACUCUGCUCGGACUGACUGUACAUGCAUUUUUUAUGUUCAGAAAUAAUAAUGA